AUGGGAAGGCACAGAGUAGUGGAUUGGUCGGAUCUCCCACCGGAGCUUCUAUUAGAAAUCGGAAAACGCCUCAAAUUCCGGUUAGACGUCCUGAGAUUCCGGUCAGUUUGCAAGUCAUGGAGAUCUUCUCUCUUCUUUAAACCCAAAAUUGAAGCUUUUAAAAUCCCUGAACCUCCAAUAAUUUACGACUCCAUAAAGAGAAGGGAUCCACCUUCAUCAUUUAUUCUAACAGAGAGAACUAUGUAUUUGCUUCACCCCAAAGAAUCCGAACAAACUGGGCAUGGGUAUUAUAAAUCCGCAUUCGGAUUUGUAAAUUGGGCUUCUGGCAAGCUUGCUGAAUUUGAGGAGCUUCUUCCUAAUAAAUUUCUGCCUCAUGUUUUCUCCUCAAAAUCUUCUAUUGAUGGGUUUUUUAUGGUAAAAAAUAUGCUUGAUUUUACUAUUUCUCCAAUUACUAAGUUUUAUGGAAUUGUUCUUCUUCAUAAUAAAAAAGAAAAUGUGGAGGAAAGAUUUGUUAAAUUUGAUCGAUUUCGAUUUUUAACUGGUUAUAAUGGUGUUGUUGAUAAAGUUAUUAUUGUGAGUAAUUAUAAUUAUGUUAGUAUUAUUUAUCCUAUUCCUAUUGAUUGUGAUGAUGAGGAUGGAAAAAAUGUUGUUGUGGUUGCCCUUUUGCGAGGAGGGAAAGUGGGAUUGUUGAGGUUGUUGGGAUCUGAAUUAACCCCGGACCCAGUCGGGUGGAGGGUAGUUAAUUAUGGACAGGAUGACGAAGACAUUAGGUUUGAUGAUAUUGUUAAUUUGGAAGGGAGAUUGUGUGUUGUUGAUUGCAAAGGGAGAGCCUUUUUAGUGGAUUUGUAUUCGUUAGAGUUGACUCAAAUCGCCUUACCCCCUCCUAACUGCAAUCUGGAGGGGCUGCAAUUGCUUCAGAGGAGGAGGAAGCGGUUGGUAGAACAUUCCGGUGAUUUGUAUCUACUUGUCACUUGUCGAUACAAAGUUUGUGGAGGGUUAAGACCUCAUAUAUUAGUUUAUAAGUUAAGGGUACAAACCCGAGAGUGGGUUGAGGUUGUAAGCUUGGGUGAUCAACUCUUUUUGUGGGUUUCGAUUUCUCUUUUGCUGCCACUGCUAGUAACAUCUUUGGGAAUGUGGAGUGCAACAGGAACUGUGGGUGUUGUUAUUUGUCGCUCCCAUUUUACCGAGUAA